AUGGAGUUUUGUACAAAUUGUAACGCUAACAUAAUCGCGGAGGAAAUCGAUUGCGAGAAACUCUGUCCCCAAUGUGGAUUAGUUAUCGAGCGAGACUGUUUAAGAUCCGAACAGACAUUUCCUACAAGAUCCAACAAUGACGCACACGUUUUUGUCAACCAUCAGCCAAGACCGUAUUAUUUGAGGCAUGAAGACAGUGAAAGACUCUGGCAGAACCUGGUGCGUUGCUUCAGGUUUGCUCGUUCAGUGUGCAUCUCUCUCAAUUGUCCUCGUACUCUCAUCAAUGAAAUAAAAGAUUUGAUCAAGUUAGUUCUUUCACACAGUUAUUUCAAGAAGAGGCGUUUAAUUACAAAGUACACAAUCUGCAUAUGCUGUAUCUACCUGAAAUGCAGAUGUGCCGACUGGCCGAUAACGUUUGCAGAUGUCGUCAGAGUGUCUGAGAGAACCACCUCCAACUAUGACCACUGGAGACAGAAGAUUCUACACUACUUCCCAAGCAUCAACAAUUCAGUCUCAGUCGACAUAUAUACACUGGCUAUAAAACAAUGCACAGAACUAAAAUUCACUCCAAAAAUGACCGACAAACUCAAUGAACUUCUAAAAUUCACUCAUGAUGUUUGGAUGGUUGAUGGCCGAAGACCAAAUAUCAUUAUACAUAGUCUCUGCUACAUAGUCUGGGUUACUGAAAACCUAACUGAAAGAAUCAAAGUCACCUUUAAAAAGUAUUGCACCCAAAACAAAUUAACCAAUUCAGGAGUCAGAAUGUACCUCGAUCGGAUUCUAAAUCUACUGAGCAUACUGGCCAAACAGCUGCCAUGGUGGUCUGAAUAUAACAGUGCGACAUGUAAGAAAAGGCCAAUGAGAGUUUUGUACGAGCUGGAUAGCAUAUUAAGUUACCAGCACACUCUCUUUCAACAAACCAUCAAACAGAUGACAGAUGAAGAUGAUGGAAAUGUUGUUAUUAAUGAUGACGAUGAAGACGUUGGUAAUGUUGAUGACGAAGAUGAUGACGCAUCUGACAAAGAUUAUGAAAGUAAUGAUAAAAUUAAUGAUAUCACAAAUGAUAGCAAUCAUAACAGCAACACUGUAGUGAAUGAAAACAAUUUUGAAAAAAUCACUAGAACCGAAGCCAAGAGAAAAUCGGAGCCAGAAAAUACCUUCAUGAGGAAAGUCUGUGAAACGACGUUAAGGAAGAAAAAAUGUAACAGCAGCAAUGACGACGACCAACAAGGAAGUUUUAAUUUGAACUUGGACUUAGACAGAAGUGAACUAGACGACGACGAUAUAAAUGAGAGCGAAAUAAUGAACUACAUAAAAUUCAAUGACGAAGUUCACACUGCCAUACAACAAAUUAAAGGAGGCACUAAAGAUAGCAAUGUUACAAAUAGCAACAAUAACAAUAAUAACAACAACAACAAUAAUAAUAAUAAUGAUCCUAAGGAUGAUCUAAGCAGACAGACAGAUAAUCAAACUGGCAAUUAUGGAGAGAACGAUGAUGACAGAUUUUUUUAUAACGAUGAUGAAGAAGAUAACAAUAAUAAUAAUAAAAAUAAUAAUUAUGACGGUGAUACUCACGAACAUGAAAAUGUACACAACAUCUCUCUAAAUGAUAGUUACACUGAUGAUUAUGAAGGUGACAGUGAUUAA